GCUGCUGGGAUGUGUAGUCCGCAGGAGUCCGGCAUGAAGGCGGUGGGCGUGAGGAUGGUGACCCGCAGCCGCAGCCGGGGACCCGCGGCCGGGCCGCGGUGGGUUGGGGAGGACGCCGUGCGGCUCCGGAUGGGAGAGGCGGCUGCAGAAGGAAGGAAAAGCUGCAGCCCCGUGAAGCGUCCGCGGAAGACCCAAAGACUCAAAGUGGCCUAUGAGGCCCCAGGAGGGGAGAAAGGAGAGGGGACUGAGCCGCUCGUGGCGCCGGGCUGGGAGCCUCCGGACUGGCGGAAGCAGCUGGAGAACAUCCGGGCCAUGCGGAGUGGGAGGGACGCACCCGUGGACCAGCUGGGGGCUGAGCACUGCUACGACCCCAGUGCACCCCCAAAGGUGCGGAGGUACCAGGUGCUGCUGUCACUGAUGCUCUCCAGCCAGACCAAAGACCAGGUGACAGCGGGUGCCAUGCAGCGGCUGCGGGCCCAUGGCCUGACGGUGGACAGCAUUCUGCAGAUGGAUGACAGCACGCUGGGCACACUCAUCUAUCCCGUGGGCUUCUGGAGGAGCAAGGUGAAGUACAUAAAGCAGACCAGUGCUAUCCUGCAGCAGUGCUACGGUGGGGACAUCCCAGCCUCUGUGCCAGAGCUGGUGGCGCUGCCAGGCGUCGGGCCCAAGAUGGCGCACUUGGCCAUGGCCGUGGCCUGGGGCACCGUGUCAGGCAUUGCAGUGGACACACACGUACACAGAAUCGCCGGCCGACUCAAGUGGACCAAGAAGGCAACCAAGUCCCCCGAGAAGACCCGCGCUGCCCUGGAGGAGUGGCUGCCCAGGGAGCUAUGGAGCGAGAUCAAUGGACUGCUGGUGGGCUUCGGCCAGCAGACCUGCCUGCCCAUCCGCCCCCGCUGCCAGGCCUGCCUCAACCGGACCCUGUGCCCGGCUGCCCGGGGACUCUGAAGGCUUGGGACCUCAGCCCCGGGCCACCCUGGCCACCGUCUGUUAUGUGCCUCUGCUAGGGAUUCGCAGCCUGUUUGUAAUAAAGCUUGGGGGGUGUUUGCA